AUGCCAAUCGAAAGCGCAUUUCGUUCAUUCAUCGAACAUGUCAACCUGGGCCGCUGGGACGAACUCGCUCAGUACGUGCCUCAGGAGGGCCGAGUCACUUACAACAGGCGCGAGUACCAUGGAGACGAGUUUUUGAUGCGCAUGCGGGAACGGAUCGGUGCUCUUCCUGAUGGAGCCUUUGAAGUCGACACGUCCAUAGGCGAUGAGGAAGCUCAGGUAGUCGCCGUGAGAAUAAUAUGGCGCACUAUCGUCCCCGAGGGCGAGGACAUGGAGUUCAUGCCGGGGCUGGAAGGGAUCGUGUUGUCUGGCGGUGGUGGUGGGCGCGGCAGCAGUGUCUCGGCGAAACAACGGCUUACUGGGGUGCAUCAUCUUUUCUGCUGGCUGAAGGACGGGCAGGUGUCGGAUAUCGAGACGAUUGGAGACGUUGACGGCGUCUUUCUGGACGAUGACGUCUCGUCCACCACAGACUCGACGGCAGUAUCCGUAUCAGACGACGCUUCGACUCGUUCCACUUCCAAAGCGGACCUUUCAAGCAAUUACCGCGCUUACAUCGACUGCAUCAACAAACGGACCAUGGAGGCCGACCUGCCACGAUUCUGCCAUUCCUCGGUAUGGCAUAACAACCGCCAGCUCUCGCUAUCCCAAUACAGGCUCUUGAUGGAGGACGCCCAGCGCGCCAUUCCAGAUAUUCGAUUCGACGUGCAAUCGCUCAUUGUCGACGAAGAUUCCCAACGGCUGGCGGUGCGGCUCGAGUUCACCGGCGUCCCGGCUCUGAAAUGGGCAGGGGUUGAGCCCAGCGGCAAAGCGGUCGCCUUUUCAGAGCACGUAUUCUACUGGCUUCAAGAUGGCAGGAUUCACAAGGUGCUGAGCCUUGUUGAUCUUGCUACUUAUAGAGAGCAAGUGCGAGGCUUGGGGUUGAGGUCACCACCGAUAGUCAGGGACCAAUAA